AUGGCGGCCUCAAUCACGGGCCCGGAGCCCCGCCACCUCUGCGCGCAGGAAAAAAUUGACCUCUUAUUAAUUGGAGAUGUCACUGUUCAGUACCUGGCUGAUACUGCACAGAAAUUGUUUUCAAAUAUAGCAAAAGUCACCGUAACCAUCAGGGAUGUGAAGGAGGGAGCAGCACUUCUGAGCCAGCUCACGUUCAACGUGGUGUUCUUGACCGUGACUUUGCCAACCGCCCCCGAGCUGGAAGCUGUCAAAUUAAUUAGAUUUGGCAAGAAGAAAAAUGCGCAUUUGCUGUUUGUUUUGAUAGUCCCUGAAAAUUUUAAAGGUUGUGUUUCAGGCCACGGAGCUGAUAUUACUUUAACUGAACCCCUGACUAUGGAGAAACUUAGCAUUGUGGUAAAAUACUGGAAAACAUAUUUCUCGAACACUGUGAAGAAUGACGGGUCUGUCAAGCCUGAACAAUCGGGAUUCCACCUGCAGAAGUCCUGCAGUGAACACCUGGGAUGUUUCUCUACGGAUCUAUUGGCUUGCUCUGACUCUCUAAGAAACGACAUUGGGCUUGAAUUAAAGACUCCGUUCUCUGAUAUCGAAACAAGCAAACGGAUUUCUCUUCUUCAUUCAAGCAAGGAAAAGCUGAGAAGGGAGCGCAUCCGGCGGUGCUGCCAGCAGCUGCGGGCCCUGCUGCCGUCCAGCCAGGGCAGGAAGACCGACGCCGCUUCCAUCCUGGAGGCCACGGUGGACUACGUGAAAUACGUCCGCGAGAAGCUGCCUCGCGCGGCUCUGGGCCAGAUCACAGACGUGCUCCAGAGCGACCAGAGGUUCUGCAAGAAGCAGCAGGCACCCCCGCCGCUGGGCCUCCCGGGCACGGCCAGGGCGCAGAGGGAAAACGGUGUCCUGGCAAGUUCGCCGGUGCAGGGACUCCGCUUCCUGGCCAAUCAGUGCUUGAACGUGUACUCGGUUCCUGCCUCGGGGGGCCCCUUGGACGGCGCUGUGAGAGGCCGGCCUGGCGCCCCUGCCGAGAGCCCCGGCGACGUGAGCAGAGCGCGAGCCCCCGGCGCCCUGGCUCUGAGCUCCUUCCACGCGGUGCGGUACUUCUCUGCGGUCAUCCCGUCCUGUGACGCAGGUCAGCCCGUCCUGUGACACAGCUACCGCCAAGCAGAGCCUUCGCAAGGGUUUGGGGCCUGUCGAUAGCACGUGUUUGAAAUUCAUACGAGACCACCUAUGGG